GCCCACUGUGUUUUUGAUCACUACUGAUUGAAGGGCUCAUGGAUCAUCAACCGCUCAGCAUAGAAAAAGCGGUGUCAGCAAUAUUCAACACACUACAGCGGCUUCAUUUCCAGCCUCCCAGUCGAACCCACACGCUAUGCGCCAAGCUGCUGGAGACGGUAGCCGUCUAUAUGCUCUCCCAGUCGGUUGCCAUCAUGCUGGUCGGCUGGAAACUAUGGGAUUUCGGAUCCAGAGUGGCUGUCAUGGAGAACCUCACCUUUUCCUUCGGAUUCUUCUCAAUAUCCUCUGACCUGUACCUCAUGGCGAAUCGCACCCACGAACUGAUAACUAUGAUACGAUCCAAGUAUUACCACUUCGAAGAUUACAAUCCUAAGAUCAAAGAUCACAACUCCAGUUCAAUUCAUAGGCAGAAGAUGGAAAUGAUAGAAACCAUGGAAAAAUCCACAGUUGACGAAGUUAUCAUGAUUGAAAAGAUCCUGAAAUGUUUGUUUAUCGGAUACAUGACGUUACCAGCGGCCAGUAUCAUAUCCUACUAUCUCCAUCUCUCAAAAAUCGAGGAUCUUCGUCUCCCCUUCAUCAUAUUCGUACCCAAACUCUACCCAAUCUCUCUCAUCUUCUCCUCAAUCUACCAGUAUCUAUUCUCAACCUGUCUCAACAUAAUCUACAUUUUCUACACGGCUGUAAUCAGUUUAGCAGUGUUCAAGAUUAUGCUGCUGUCAGUCAACAAUGUCCUGAUCGAAAUGAAACUGUUUCAUAUGAAUUUUGAGGAGAUUGACUUGUUUCUUGAGGUGGAGAAAGGGAGAGGAUUUGAGGAUAUGGUGGUUGGAGGAAGGGUUGAUAAACGUUUGAAGGAGAUGAUGAGACAUGUGGUGGAGCAUCAUAAGGUGAUUUUCAGGAAGGUCGGUAUCUUGAACUCAGGCCUGAAAUUUCGUCUGUUCUACUUCAACACGUUCUCAUGUCUACAAAUUUGUUUAUCAAUUUUCAGCUUCAUGAGAAAAACAAACAAAUUCUCCUCACUUGUCCAAUUACAACGGUUCAGUGAAGGCUUGAAUUUGUGCUAA